AUUACAUCCCAAAGAGUUUUAGAUCGUGUCUCUCAUUUCCUCGGGAAAUAAGUUCUUCAGAGCUCUGAGAUGCGAGAAAUAAAUUGCUCCGUUUAGUCAACCAUUCUUUGUGUUUCCCGUUAGAAAAUUUCCGUUAUAUAGGGGACGACGACUCUACGCAGAGAGUGAGCAUUGAAGUGGCAGACUAUCACUCCGACUCGGACACAGAGGAAGAGAAGAGCAGCGACACAGUUUUUUUCUAUUAGUUCCGGUAAGCGGACCAUUGCAUCCAGCCGAUCGAGCAAAAUCCGGCCAUGGAAAACCUUGGAGGCGUGACCGGAUCGAGCGUGAAGGAGAAUCCGGAGAAGAAACGGAACGGUCUGGUGAAGCGGCUGGCCUCCGUUUCUAACCAACUCAAACGCUUUACAAGGGUCUCUGGAGAGAGUAAUCCAGCUCGGUUGGAACGGUCGAAGUCAACGACCGGUAAGGCCUUGAAAGGGCUCAAGUUCAUCAGUAAGGCCGAUGGUGGCGCUGGCUGGACCGCCGUGGAGAAGCGGUUUGUUAAGAUCACGAAAACUACCGAGGGAUUGCUGCUUAGGUCAAAAUUCGGUGAAUGCAUAGGGAUGAACUCAAAGGAAUUUGCCUUGGUACUGUUCGACGCAUUAGCUAGAAGAAGGAAUAUGUCUGGAGAUGUGAUUGAUAAGGACCAGUUAAAGGAUUUUUGGGAACAAAUAAGUGAUCAAAGAUUUGAGUCCAGGCUUAUGACUUUCUUUGACAUGAUGGAUAAAGAUGGCAAUGGUAGACUAACAGAAGACGAAGUUAAAGAGAUCAUCAAUCUUAGUUCGUCUGCCAACAAUCUGUCAACCAUCCAGAAAAAGGCAGAUGAAUAUGCAGCAAUGAUAAUGGAAGUGCUUGACCCACAUAAUAUUGGAUACAUAAUGAUAGAGAGUCUUAAAGACUUGCUUCUGCAAGCAGAAACACUACCUGUAAGCACAAAUAGUGAAGAAAGAAACAAGAUGAGCCAGAUGCUAACUGAGAAACUUAAGCCUACGCUUGACCCUAACCCGUUGAGGAGAUGGUACCGUGGACUGAGGUUCUUUGUACUAGAUAGCUGGCAAAGAAUUUGGGUGAUAGCACUGUGGCUCACGAUUAUGGCCAUCCUCUUCGUAUACAAGUAUAUUCAAUACAAGAAUAGAGCAGUGUAUGAAGUGUUGGGGCAUUGUGUGUGCUUAGCCAAAGGUUCAGCAGAGACGUUGAAGCUGAAUAUGGCCUUGAUUCUUUUACCUGUUUGCAGAAAUACCAUCACAUGGCUUAGAAAUAAGACUAGGUUUGGUGCUUUUGUCCCUGUUGAUGACAACCUCAACUUUCAUAAGGUUAUAGCAGUGGGAAUUACGAUAGGAGUAGGCAUACAUUCGGUGGCCCACUUGGCGUGUGAUUUCCCACUUCUGAUUGCAGCAACUCCAGAGGAGUACAAGCCUCUAGGAAAAUUCUUUGGAGAGGACCAACCAAAGAGAUACUCGCAUUUUGUGAAGUCAACAGAAGGGAUAACAGGACUCGUUAUGGUUCUGUUGAUGGCAAUUGCUUUUACACUAGCUAUGCCUUGGUUUAGACGAGGGAAGCUUGAAAAAAAGCUUCCAGGGCCACUAAAGAAACUCGCUAGCUUCAAUGCCUUCUGGUACACUCAUCAUUUGUUCGUUAUAGUCUACAUUCUCCUUGUCAUUCACGGAUACUAUUUGUAUCUCAAUAAAGAAUGGUACAAGAAAACAACGUGGAUGUACUUGGCUAUACCAAUAACUCUCUAUGCAUGCGAGAGAUUAAUACGAGCAUUCAGGUCAAGCAUAAGGACGGUGAAAGUUGUUAAGGCUCCGGCUUAUCCUGGAAACGUAUUGAAUUUGCACAUGUCGAGGCCUAAAAACUUCAAAUACAAGAGCGGUCAAUACAUGUUUGUAAACUGUCCAGCAGUCUCGAAAUUUGAGUGGCAUCCAUUUUCAAUAACUUCUGCACCACAAGACGACUAUCUGAGCGUUCAUAUAAAAUCACUGGGAGAUUGGACAAAGGCUAUCAAAGGAGUUUUCUCUGAGGUCACGUCUAAACCACCUCCGGUCGGAAACAUAUUGCACGGUGCAAAUAAUCCCGUUUACCCCAAAAUCAUGAUUGAUGGUCCGUAUGGGGCACCAGCACAAGAUUACAAGAAGUACGAGGUGGUUCUGCUGGUCGGCCUUGGGAUUGGUGCCACCCCAAUGAUCAGCAUUAUCAAAGAUAUUAUCAACAAUAGAGAUGCAAAAGAACAGGCCCAACUUAACCACAUGGAGAAGGGAUUGCAUCAUGAGCCACAAACACAGGGUAAGAAAGAAACUUUCAAGACACGGAAGGCUUACUUCUACUGGGUAACGAGGGAGCAGGGCUCGUAUGAUUGGUUCAAGAACAUCAUGAACGAGAUCGCAGAACGGGACAAAAGUAAAGUCAUAGAAUUACAUAACUAUUGCACUAGUGUCUACGAAGAAGAUGACGCUCGUUCCGCGCUCAUACAUAUGCUUCAGUCUAUAAACUAUGCCAAGAAUGGUCGGGACAUUGUCUCUGAGACAAGGGUCAUGUCCCACUUUGCCAAACCUAAUUGGGAAGACGUCUACAAACAGAUAGCCGUGGAUCACCCUGACACUAGUGUUGGAGUGUUCUAUUGUGGAUCACCGGUAUUGACCAAGGAGUUAAGGCGUCUGGCUUUGGAAUUCACACACAAGACGAACACUAGAUUCUCCUUCCACAAGGAGAACUUCUAAUUAAUUAAAGACAAUUCUGAAGCUUAUACCCACCAUGCUGAUAAAGUAUGUAUGAUGGCCAACAAGAUAAACAAUGGAGCAAGAUAAUUGUGUUUUGAAAAUGAAAUUUGUGGGUUUGGUUGAUUUGUUAUUCUUAUCUGAAUAAAACGUGUGUGUUGAUGAUUAUGUGAAGUGUGUUUUUAAGCGCUUUUGUUUGUUUAGUUUCAAUAUUCAAUAUUCAAAAUCAAGCUUAAGGCCAUCUCUUCUAUUAUGUUGCUCGUUUUUUAUUCUCUUGCACAACAAGAAUCAUUUUGUCAAAUUAGCAACUCAGCAAAGAACUAGC